GUUUAUAUUUUUUAUUUCCGGAUAUAACUCGAAACGAAAUUUUUGUCAUAUUUAGUCCAAAAUAAUUAAGUAAUACAAUAUUUUAUAACGGAAUUAUCAGUAUUAGUUUAAAUUAGUGUAUAUAUUGAGAGAGUCUAGAGGUGCGUUAAAACAAAAACCUACUAAUAACUGUAGCAGAAAACAUAACAUGUCAAAAUAUAGUUAGGCCUAAGGAAUCAAAAUUAAGAGAAUAUUCGAAAAAUGUGGAGUAAUGGUAUUCUGAAAGAAGGGCCUCUAUUAUUGUCUACUUGUCUUUUAGCUGACAAUCAACGACUCUGGGAAGAAUAUUAUUUCGUACUCUUGCACAUAGAUAAAAGUGAACCUAGACUCAAUUACUAUCAAAACCAAGAGGAAUUUAAACAAUACAAAAUUGGAAGAAAGAAUGAAGUUAAAAGUAUAUAUGUUCAAAUUAUUGAGAAAUUAGAAGAUAUUCCUGAUGAAGAUCAGCAAUAUAUGUUUCUGGCUAAAUUAAAAGAUGGAAAAGCUUAUUAUUUUGCUGCUACAUCUCUUGAUGAUAAAUUAUCUUGGAUUGAUUCUAUAAGAAUCUGUUUAAAAAAUUCAAUAAGUGAUGAUAAACCAAAAAGACUAUGCUCUUCUGCAUUUUCAAGUGCAGACGAUCUUGGAGUGCUCAUCAAAUCCUAUAAAGUUGAAGUAAAAGAGACAACUGCAUCACAAAGGUGUAACAUUGAAGUUGGAGCCGACAUCUACGAACUUAAAGUCUAUACAAAUUCGCUGUGUUUACAUAUUGGUGAUCAAAUUCUUUAUAAAUGGCCGUUUGCCUUCAUAAGACGUUAUGGUCGAACAACGCAUAAAUUCACUUUUGAAGCUGGAAGAAAGUCGGACAGCGGAGAAGGGUUAUUCAUUUUCGGAUUAAACCCCGAGAUCGAAGAUAGACGAAACAAAGGCGAAAAUGUUCCAAACGAUUUUCCAAUAGGCGACGAAUUAUUUAAUUGUGCACGUGAUCAAUUCUCAAGUAAGGGAAAAAAUACUGGUUCAUUGGAAAAGCCUAAACUCCCACCUAGAAAUGAUGCUCUUCAUACAAGCAAACCCCUACCUCCAGCUCCAAUUUUGCAAGAGAAAAAAUCGAAUUUCCAAGAAGACUCUAGUCAAGACAGUAGUCCUGUCGGUACAAUGAGAUCAAUGAGAGAUUUGAUAGAACUAACAAAAGUAACGCCAUUCGAAUCAAAUUCAGACUAUUCAACAAUCUCUUUGGCUCAAGCAGCAAGAGGUCAAACAACAGAUCCCACUGAAAUGCACGAAAAUCCGUACGUCGACCCAGAAGAAUUAGAUUUUAAACGCUUAUGA